AUGUUUGCCCUCCUAGUGUGGCAGGCAGUUUUCGCCCUCCGAGCAAUCGUGAUCGAUGGCAAAGCGCUGGAAAUUGAACAUCCACACAGCUUUUCCGUGUUUAAACGAGGCGUCAUGUUGGGCGAUGUGUCCUACAGUUAUUCGGCGACCGAUAUGGGGUCGCCGGAGAGCGGUCGCUACAAAACGGUUACGGUGAUCAAGAACAUUGCGAUGCCCAAACCGACAAGCACAAUGUUUAACGAUCGCACCGAACACUUUUACGAGACGCUCGAAAAGGGUAUCGCCGGUACCAAGAAGCACACCCAGGUGGAGUACUGGCCACCGAGGGAGGACAAUCAUUUGCAACAGAAAAAGGAGCAAUCGGCCCCGAAGCAGCAGAUCACGAGCACGCACCGUCCCUACCGACACAGACAGCAAGACUUUGGUGCGAAAACGCUGAAUACGCCCGAACCAGCGGCGAUCAAGGAAGUGUUCCAGGAGGAAGCUAAGCAUCCGAUCGAUUUGCUAGAGUUGGCAAAGUCAGCCGCCCUAACGCUCAGCCAGAAGGCGAACGUUGCGUCGGGAGAGAAUACUGGCCCGGUAACCUUCCCGCUUGAUGGCGGAAAGUCGACGAUGAAGAAGAAGAUGAACGGAAUCGUCAGCGUGGCCAAGGAGUACACCAGCGUACUGACAACUGAUCCACUCGAGCGCCAAACAAUCGUUAGCAAGUUGAAAACGAAAGUGGAUCCACCGAUGAAGGUAUCGUUUAAGGAGUAUCCCGCAUCCAGCGGGUCUAGUGAAGAGAUUCCACUGAAGGACUUUGAGCAGUCGGAGUACGUUUUCAACCACAAAACUGGAUCGUUCGAGUUUCGGUCCGCAUCGAAGGCACCGAAGGAGGUGCAGGAGUACUUGCGUGCCAGUCCGUAUGGGUACCGGGAGCGACCAGUUUCUGUGGGCGAAGAGAAAACGAUUGACUUUACGCUCAACACGAACACGUACAACACGCCCAAGGAACUGCUGUUUGCCGAGCUGCAGAAUGCCGUGUCUUCGCGCAACGUUACCAUGAUCAAGUCGUUGGCUGGACAGCUGGAGGAAACGAUCAACCUCGGAAAGAUCAACUUUGAGUCACUGAAAACGGAAGAUUUUAGCCGGCGGCCAGCGGAAGCUCCAGCAGAAACGACCACGGGGCGGUCAAUGAUCGACUUCGGCUUUGCUAACAUGGAAACCACUACCGAAUAUCAGGAGGAACCAGUUACCGAGGCGCUUAUCAUGGCAAUGACGACCCUGCCACCGACGACCACAACUACUAAACGGCCGGUGCGCUACAUUGCACCACGACUGAGAGGCUUUAAGCGAUUUUCCUCGAAGAAACAGAACAACUGA